AUGACCUCUGUCUACCGCUAUGACUCCUUCUCUCAGAUGGGUCAUCCGCCUCCAAAAGAAACUAAAAAAAGUUGUCAAGUGAGGACAUUUGCUCUUCCAAUCGUCUGUACUUUACUCGGUAUUGUGAUAACCGCUUUUAUCACGUGGCACAUCACUCGAGCACAAUACGAAAAAAAUAUUGGAAACGACGCACCAACUACAACCUCUUCUCCAGAAGAUGCGAUUCCAGCAAGUGAUUUACGACUUCCUACAUCUGUCAGCCCAAUCAGUUAUGAUCUGGUGAUCAAAACUUAUCUUCCUGGGUACAACUAUACUGCUGAUAGCAAGAACUUGACAUUUGAAGGGCAGGUGACAAUCAAACUCAACAUCACCAAGAGCAUCAAGAAAAUAACACUAAAUUCAAAAGAUUUGAAUUUCACUGGUGAACGUUUGAAGAAGAGCACAUUAUAUGUGAAUGGGGAGCAGAUUACAUUCAAAGUCGAUGAUAAGCAAGAUACUUACGAGAAGAUCUUCUUCAAUUUGGAUAAAACUGUCGAGCCAACCACUGAUGCUAUUCUUAAAGUAUUCUUUGGUGCUCCUCUUCGUACUGACAUGUCUGGAUUAUAUCAAACUACCUACACAAACAGUCAAGGAGCUGUGAAAAUGGCCGCAGUAACUCAAAUGGAACCUGUGUAUGCGCGUAGAAUGGUUCCUUGUUUCGAUGAGCCAGCAUAUAAAGCCACAUGGACCGUCACUGUGAUUCAUCCAAAAGGAACUGUUGCAGUUGCAAAUGGAAUCGAAGACAAGACUGAAGAUAUUCAAGAGGAAUUUAUCAGCUCCAGUUUCAAAACUACACCGAGAAUGUCUUCGUAUUUGUUGGCCAUUUUUAUUUCAGAGUUUGAAUACAACGAGGCAACAACUAAAUCUGGCGUUAGGUUCCGUGUUUGGUCGAGACCAGAGGAAAAGAAUGCAACAAAAUAUGCAGUGGAAGCUGGAGUGAAAUGUUUGGAAUAUUAUGAGCAAUACUAUAACAUCUCGUUCCCACUCCCAAAACAAGAUAUGGUUGCUCUUCCCGAUUUUUCUGCUGGAGCUAUGGAAAACUGGGGACUCAUCACUUAUCGUGAGAAUGCCUUGUUGUACGAUCCAAGAAUCUACCCUGGAUCACAAAAACGAAGAGUUGCUGUGGUGAUUGCUCAUGAGUUGGCACAUCAAUGGUUCGGAAAUCUGGUCACAUUGAAAUGGUGGAACGAUUUAUGGCUGAAUGAAGGAUUCGCCACUUUGGUCGAAUACCUCGGAACCGAUGAAAUCAGCGAUGGAAAUUUCAGAAUGAGAGAAUGGUUCACAAUGGAUGCUCUCUGGACUGCACUCGGUGCUGAUUCUGUGGCUUCUACCCAUCCAAUGACAUUCAAAAUUGACAAAGCUAUGGAAGUUCUCGACUCUUUUGAUAGUGUGACAUAUGACAAAGGAGGUUCCGUUCUCAAUAUGGUUCGCAAAACAAUUGGAGAGGAAAAUUUCAACACUGGAAUUAAUCACUAUUUGACACGUCAUCAAUUCGAUAAUGGCUCUUGCUAUAAGCUUCCGGACAAUGUCAUUGGGCCGAAAGGAGAUAAAUUGAAUAUUUCAAUUUUCAUGGAUCCAUGGACCAAACAAUUGGGAUAUCCCCUUUUGAAAGCUACAAGAAUGAAUAAAACACAUUUGGAGGUGACUCAAAGCAGAUUCAAGGCUCUCCAAUCUGGAAAAGAGGAAGAAAAAUACAGUCAUCCGAUUUGGAAUUUCAAAUGGGAUGUUCCUGUCUGGUAUCAAAUUGCUGGGUCUUCGGAUAUCGAGAUGAAAUGGAUGAAGAGCAACGAGCCUCUCAUAAUUAAAUCUGAUAAACCAGUACUUCUGAAUGCUGAAUCUAAUGGAUUCUAUCGAGCUGGAUAUACUGAUGACAUGUGGAAAGAGAUUAUUUAUAUGAUCAAAGAGAACCAUGAGGUUUCAGUGUUUUUUUCAAAACUACUUUUCAAGUGCAUAUUUCAGCAAUUCUCAACACAAACUCGCGUUCGUUUGAUUGAUGACUCCUUUGCUGAAGCUCGUGCUGGUCUUCUCAACUACAGUGUUCCACUUCAGUUGUUGACUUAUCUGAAGAACGAAAAAGAUUACAUGCCAUGGUCAGCAACAAUUGCCAAGAUCCGUGAAUUAGUGGACAUGUAUGGAACUGAUCCAGAAAAACAUGUCGUUUACAAGUUCAUGAUUGCACUAGCAGAGAAAACUCCAGCCAAGAGAGAUAUCGAUUUUGUGUCCAAAAAUUAUUUGGAUGAUAAGAAAUUCUUUGAAGUAAACGCUGCUCAAAUAAUUCUUCUCAAUGAUUGCGGAAUGGGAGAACCAUCGUGUGGAGCCAAUAUGGUGAAAUUAUUCAAUGAUGAAGUCAAUUCCAAGUGUGAUUCCUCUAGAAUCUUGUCAGAAUGCUCACAAAUCGCAGCACCUUUCCGAGCAGAAGCUUAUUGCCAAGCAGUCAGAAAUGGAAAUGCCGAAACUUUCAACAAAGUUUUCCAUUGGUACAAAACAGAAAGAAAUCAAGUAGAGAAGGGAAAUCUGAUGAAUGCAAUAACUUGCUCAAAAGAUAUCAUGACCCUCAAAAAACUUUUGUUGGAUUCCAUGAAACCAGAAGGGUCUGCAUUCCGACUUCAAGAUGUUGCUACCCUGUUCUCUAAAAUUUGUACAAAUGAUGCCACAUCUGAUUCAAUGCUCAACUUCUUGAUAGACAGAUGGGAUGAUAUGAUGAUAAGACUUGCCGGAGAUCACAGUGGAUUCCAUCGGGUCCUAUCUUCGAUCGUUGGCACUCUCAAAACCCAAGGAGGGCUUGAACAAUUGAGAAGUUUCCGGAACAAAAAUGCGAAAGCAAAUGAACUUGGACUGGAUAAAAUGGAGGAGACUUCAGAAGUGACCAUCAAAUGGAGAAAAGAUAAUCAGAAAUUUGUGACGAAGUUCAUUGAAGACCUUACGAACCAGCUUUAA